AUGACAAUAUCUACUUUCGAUCACGUGUCUGCGGGGCGACUUAGACGGAUUGCGCGUCAUCUCGCCUUCCCAAAUUUUUCCCUUCUGCUGCAGCUCGUAUCCAAAACAUCUAUCUAUAGAGCGGAGUACGAGAGAGAGAGAAAGAUGUUUAACUCGGUGAAUCUGGGCAACUUCUGCUCCCAGACGCGCAAAGACCGGACAUCCGAGUUUGGGGACAGGACGGGCUGCGCGUCCAACAUCUACCUCCCCAGCUGCACCUACUACGUCCCCGAGUUUUCCGCCGUCUCCUCGUUCCUUCCACAGGCCCCGUCCCGGCAAAUCAGCUACCCUUAUUCAACAAAUCUGUCUCAAGUACCGCCGGUACGGGAAGUUUCCUACGGCUUGGACCCAGCUAGUAAAUGGCACCACAGAAGCAAUUAUGCAUCGUGCUACUCGGGAGAGGAUCUGGUGCAUAGGGACUGUCUUCCACCAUCCACCAUGACAGAAAUGCUCAUGAAGAACGAGAGCGUGUACAGCCACCACCAUCACCAUCACACCCACCCGGGCUCCAAUCACCCCUCCACAGGCUUUUACUCCGGCGUGGGGAAAAACAACGUCCUCCCGCAAGGUUUCGACCGCUUUUUCGAGACGGCGUACUGCAGCAGCACGGACAAUCAGUCAGACAAUUGUUUACAAAAGGGCGAGGGGGGAAAGCUGGAAAGCGACUCCCAACAGCAGCAGCAGCAACCCACAGCCUCGGUACCUGGAGCUCCGGAGCAGGAAAAAGAGCCGGAGGAUGAGGAGGAACAUACAAACUCGGGCUCGUGUACUUCCUCCUCCGCAACAACCAAGGACGGCACCGCCAGCAAGAGCAGCCACUCGAGCACUCCUCGCACAAGGAAGAAGCGGUGUCCAUAUUCCAAGUUUCAGAUCCGAGAGCUGGAGCGGGAAUUCUUCUUUAACGUUUACAUCAACAAAGAGAAAAGGCUGCAACUCUCCCGAAUGUUAAACCUCACCGACCGCCAGGUUAAAAUCUGGUUUCAGAAUAGAAGAAUGAAGGAGAAGAAGCUGAGCAGAGAUCGCCUGCAGUAUUUCUCUGGAAACCCCUUGUUGUGAGCAUGGAGAAGAUUAAAAAAAAGGUGUCACAGUGUUUGGUCAGUGACAUUCAGGCCUCCUUGUAUCUCAUUGAAUUGUAAUCGUGGGCAUAAGAAUUUUUUUUUUCUAAAGGAGCCCACAUCACCAACAGUGCAAUGUUAAAGCGGACAGUGGGAGUCAUAGGCCUGCAUGGGAUAAAGUCGCCAUUUUCUUAUUGCCCCUCCGGCGGCGGUGAAUUUCUAUAGCUGGUCCCCCACAAAAGGCCUCUAUGGUUAGAAUAAUCAUUUAUAUCUAAUGCUGUUCUUGAAUAUCCCCCUCUAUUUAUCUCCAUUGUGUUUAUUCUAUUGUUCAUAUAGGCAUAUUUGUUGUUCAAAUGUAUCUGACAAUUUGAGUCUUUAUUGCGCGGAAAACUUCGAGCUCUUCCCUUGACUCUGGUCUUUGUAUAUAGCAUAUCAUUAUCUAAUUAUUUCUCGACCAGAGUUUGAACAAGUUAUUGCAAAUCUCAAGGCUGCAUUUUUUUCGCCAUUAAGAACUGUGACGUCCAAUCUGUGAAAGUAUAUAACCCCCCUCCCUCCUCCUGUACAGAGUAGCCUAUGCAAUGUGCAUUCGUGACUGUAUAUAGGCGUAUGUUGAAUUUCCUUUCCUCUCUUUUCUCCCUGCUGCUAUUUUUUCAGUACCAUUCAACUUUCAACAGCUUUAACGCCAACUCUCGUUAAAUUAUUCGCUCAAACAUUGGUGCUUUGGAUUCCAGAGAGGAGGAAAAGAUUGUUGGCCUGUGUAUCAUUAA